AUGGGCCGAGACUACAGUGAUGCUGUGGCUGCCUUGAACACUCUGCAGUCCAAUUUCGCCAUCUUGGAUGCCAUUCGAAAGUCUGGUCAGGCCCUCAAUCUGCAGGCAAUUCCAGAAAUGAUUGAAUGGUGCCACAAAACUGGAUACGAGCCAGCCGAGUUCGAUCGUCUCAACCCAAUUCAUAUUGCCGGGACAAAAGGUAAAGGUUCUACAAGUGCCUUUAUUUCCUCCAUCUUAUCACAAUAUAUCUCUCGGGAUGAGCAACAAACCGGAGCUCCGAAGCUGCAGAAGAUUGGACUCUACACAUCGCCCCAUUUGAGAUUCGUGCGCGAGCGUAUACAAGUCAAUGGGCAACCCAUUUCGGAAGAGGUGUUUGCCAAGUAUUUCUUCUCAACAUGGGACCGGCUUGAGGCAGCUGCCCGUGCUGCCGGGCUCCCAACCGACAAGUCUGCAAAGCCCAUCUAUUUUCGGUUCCUGACCCUCAUGGCACUACACACUUACAUGUCCGAGGGUAUUGAUACCGCAGUCAUGGAAUGCGGCGUUGGCGGUGAAUACGACAGCACCAAUAUCCUCGUGAAGCCGACUGUGACCGGCAUCAGCAGUCUCGGCAUUGAUCAUACCGCUGUGCUAGGCGAGACGAUUGAGGAAAUAGCAUGGCACAAAGCCGGAAUCAUGAAGCCUGGAGCGGCCGCAUUUACGGUGCCUCAGCCUGAGCAAGCAUUGGCCGUGAUACGUAAGCGCGCCGAAGAAAAGGGUGUAGAGCUCAAGGUGGUGGACCGUCAUCCAGAGGUCGAAACUAUGAAAUUGGGCCUCGCCGCAGACUUUCAGAAGAUCAAUGCUAGUCUGGCUGUCGCAGUUGCCGCCGCACACCUUCGGAAAUUAGGCUUCACCGACAUUCCCGAGGAUAUCCAGAACUCACCUCUGCCUGCGGAAUUCCGCCGCGGACUGGAACAAGUGCAAUGGGGCGGGCGAUGCGAGAUUCGCAAGGAGGAACAGAUUUCAUGGCAUCUUGAUGGCGGGCACACGCUCGAAAGUAUUGACCUUUCGGGGAAAUGGUUUGCCUCUGAGAUUCAGAAAUCUCUCCGUGGCAGUGCGUCCUCGCCUGCUUCCUCAUCACCAUCAUCAUCAUCAUCAGCACCAGCAGCCGCAAGCCAAGCGCGCACCCGCAUUCUCCUCUUCAACCAACAGAAGCGUGACGCCGACGCGCUCGCUCGCGCCCUCCACACCACUCUCGCCGAAGCCCUCGGUGACGAGCGACCGUUUACUCACGCGGUUUUCUGCUCAAACAUCACAUUCGCCCAGGGCGGAUACAAGGCGGAUCUGGUCAGCAUCAACACCAACUCUUCCGAAGUCACAGACUUGACCGUUCAGAACCAAAUGGCCCAAACCUGGUCUGCGCUCGACCCGGAGACCAAUGUCGUCGUGCGCCCCACCAUUGAAGAGGCCAUUGCCUGGGUCAGAGAAGUUGCCGCAGGCGCCAGCAAGGACACUGCCCAGCAGGAGAAAGAAAAUCAAGAAGUCAUGGUCCUGGUCACGGGUAGCGUGCAUCUCGUCGGAGGUGUGCUCGAAGUUUUGGAGACAGAGAAGGAGGCAAAGCAAAAGUCUGAUGCGAAAUAGUAGACACAUUUGGACUGUCUUUUCUUAAUGCCCGGAAUUACUCUCUCUCCUCUUUCUUCUCUCUUGUUUUAUUUGUCUUAGAUACCGCUCGAGGGCCUCUUGUCCUUUUGCCCUAUUCUCUCUUCUCUUAUAUCCUUUUACGUCCCAUCUUUAAAUUCUUUUGUGUCUUUUUCGUCCAUUUUUAUUAAAACGCACAAUUCAUGUUGUGCAUGUUCAACUAGCCUUUUGCCUUACAAAACUUUCAACCCGUUUUGUAUUUUAUUUUAUUUUAUUUUAUUUUCUUUUUCCAUUUUAUCCCCUUUC